AUGUUGAAGCGAACCGAAAGGGGUGGAGUGGUUUUCAGGAGGAUCGUGUUCCAACCACAGGCUCGACUCUGUCUCCAAAUGAUUAGCAAUCAUCACAAUGAUAGCGCGGCAUUCCCCCCACAACCUCAGCAAUAUGAACACCUUCGUCCGCACGUCGUCUGCGGGGACACUUUCGACAAGAUGGUUUGCGCACCUCACAAAAUGAAGACAAUUGCUGUGAAUGCUGCUGCUAAGUUCGCCUGUGUUAUGGGCGACCUCGAAGAAAUAAACUCUCAACGCUGA